AUGCCUACUGUAGGCUGCCUUGCCCAAUUGGAGAUCAAGAAACGAGCGGGAAAUUGCCGAAAGAGCGCUCCAGAACUUCCCAUUGUCACCACAGUACGGCCGGAGCGCACUGUGACAACUAAAUUUGGAGCUAGCCGGGGAUGUUUGGAAGCAGUCACGUUGAGCCGACCUAUAUCCUUACGAUCGAUUUUUCUUUCAAGAGAGCUGAUCCAAAAUUUCGGAGACAGUCUGAACUUGAUCAAGAUAAAAUCAUUUGGGAGAACAACUGGAGGGAGGUCAUCACAGAUUUAUCAGUUCGAUCGGUCACAUACAUAGGCCGGCAAAUUGGCGAUGGAUAUUUCUGAGCUUGGAUCGGUUAUUACAUCGUUUUCAUUCUAUUUAUCACAUCUCAACUGCUGCUAUAAUCUUUUGAGUCCUGACCAUUACAUGCACAUUUUAUCGAAAUAAUCACCCAGCGUAACUUGAACCAGUGCUUUACUCAUUGUUCUCGUGAGUCAUAAAUCUUGAGAAGGUUUUUACACCUGAUUUCACGCUCCUCUAUCUCACCAUUUUCGUCAGUUUAUUUUCAUCAGUUUCUCUCAUGGUGAGAUUUCUAGAUAAGGAGUUGAUAUCCUGAGCGCUUUAGAGAUCAUAUCAAUGUUCAAUAAUCAAUCAACAAUUGAGUCGCUCACUGCCGCCACUUGAUAUCAAUCUCUCUAAUCUGUUGUAUUCUUUCGAAAUGACUCUACAUUUUCAU